UGCAAUCCAACAUGGCGGCCCCCAUUGGGCAUUAAUGAGAAGCGAGAACUUGAAGUUAUUGUUUUCAUUCAGACAGGCGUAAUUAUGGCAUACAGAAUAUCGGCCUUUAGAUAUGCACCGUAUCAGUACAAAUUUUCCAAUGAAGUUAAAGAACUCUUACCUCAGCAUUAUCUUAGAAGAUGUAAAGAAUAUAUGGAAGCUGAUCCUUUGACUGUUCAUUGGCAACCAGAUACAAGAAAGUUUACUGUUCAUCCAAAAACUGGAGAAAGAGUAAAAGUACAGAAUGUUCCUUUAAAAGUCAUGUAUCCAGAAGUAUCUAAUAAAGAUUUAUGGGGUGGUGAAGGUAUUAUUGUUGGCCAUAGAAAGAAAAAACAUUUAAGCCCCAAGACUCCAAAACUAUGGUUACCCUAUAUAUUCAAGAGACCCUUGUACAGUGAAAUAUUUGAUAAAUUUUACCUAGUUCGAGUCACGCCAAGAACUUUAAAUCUAAUAGAUGCUUGUUAUGGUUUUGAUCACUAUAUUUUACAGACCAAUGAAGUUAACUUGAAUUCUCAACUUGGAAUGAAAUUUAAAAGAGAGAUGUUAGUUGCUUUAGCCACCAAUGAUUUUUAUGACGGUCAACCUGAGAAGCAAGGCAAAAUACUUAAAAGAUAUGAGAAAUACAUGUUACCAUUAGAAGAAGCUGAGUGGAUUGGGUUACCUGCUGGUGAAGCUGUGACUAAAGCACGAGAAAUACAUGCAGAAGAAAAUCCAACCAUUCCAUUGAAAGAAUAUUUCAUUGAUGAACUCUCAGAGAAAUUUAAAGAAACAAGCUUAGAUGAUGAUUCUUCUGAAAGUCAAUCCUGGAUAAAUAAACUGAACAUAUUCAGUAAAUCAGAUGAGGCGAAGAAAUCCUGAUACUAAGAAGAAAUAUGCAACAGUUUAGUGGUUUAGUUUUUUUAGAAUUUAGACAAUCAAAUGUGUUGACAUCAUUUUCAUGAAAUAUUGUAUAUGCAAUGCCUUUGAAGUGAGAUAGAAAGAACUAUAAGAUGACAGAUUUGAUUGAUAAUAGUCUAGUAGAAAUUCAGUAAAUGUUAAGACUGUACCAAGUUCAAUAUAUCAUCAAUGAUUUGUAAUUUUUCCAUGAAAUAAAUACAUAUUUUAUAAGA